AUGGCUGAGCCUUCUCGCAUGAGAUCACUCCCGGACUGGAGCUCCGGCCUCCCCACGGAGCUCCUCGAGAUCAUCGCCAAGAAGCUGCCGUCCGGCCAUGACGCCGCCGCCUUCCGCGCCGUCUGCUCCCCGUGGCGCGCCGUGCUGCCGUUCGCGAGGUUCGCGCCGGUCCUGAUGCUCCCGUACGACCCCGACGCGCCGUCGCCGGCCGGGGCCGCCGCCACCUUCUACAGCUUGGAGGAGGAGAGGACGUUCGAGCUGCCUCUCGGCCCGGCGUUGCACGGCAAGGUCGUCUGCGGCUCGUCGUGCGGGUGGCUGGCGCUCGCCGACGAGGCCGCGUCGGUGACGCUGCUCAACCCGUUCACCGGCAGCCGCGUGGCGCUCCCGCCGGCCGACGAGCAUGUCGCGGAGGCGUCCUCGAAAAGCGUGACGAGGGCCGACGGUGGCGGGUGGCUGCUCCGGCAUUCCUCCGGCGAUGACAGCCCCGUCACGCUCGACAUGAUGGAGGAAGUGUUCUUUCGUUCAAUCGUGCUCUCCGCGGCGCCCAACAACUUGCACGGCGGCGGCGGCUUCGUCGCCAUGGCCGUGCUCGCGGAUUCCGCGGAGGUGGCAUUCUGCCGUGUUGGAGACAACGCAUGGACGCUGAUCGAAACGAACGUUGAAUGCUGCGUCAGCACAAUCGUCCACUGCCAAGACAGGUUCAUCGUGAUCGGCUGCCUCGGCGAGAUCUCCACCAUCAGUACCAACAUCGCCGGCGAGGACGCGGCAAUACCUCCCACGGUGAGGCCGGUGUCAUCACUCCCCGAGGCUGGAGAGAUGUGCCACCGCAGCUACCUGCGACUGAACGGCCAGCUGCACCUCGUCGGCGUCGCCAUGAAGGUCUUCCUCGGCGAGUGGCCCUUCCAUCAGCACGCCGUGGUUUACAAGUGCGACCUCACCGGCGAGACGCCAGUGUGGACCAUGGUGACCGACGCCGGCGACACGGCAAUCUUCGUGUCCAAGUACUUCAACACGGGCUUCGGUGGUCCAAGUGUCUUCAAGAUCAGGAGGAACCGUAUCUACUUAUCUGAGCCCAUGUACAGUGGUCAAGAAGAAGACAGUAGAGAUCACUCAAUGGAAUUGGUUGACAUUGCCGCUGGCACAUCAGAGAAGAUUGCUUACCCAACCAUGAAGGGUCCAGAGAUUAUAUCUUGGAUUCGACCUAAUCUGUGGACAUGA